AUGUUUGAUGGGCUCAUGGCGUUCUGGAUCUCGGGCAUCUCCAAGGCAGUCGCCACGCUGCUGACCUAUCCCUUGAUCCGGGCCAAGGCGGUGAUUCAGACCACGGGAGGUGAUCAUCAAGGUCUAUGGGGAAUGCUGGCUGGCAUCGUGCGCAACGAAGGCUGGCUCUCCCUCUACCAAGGCGUUUGGAUCAUGAGUUAUAAAACCGUGCUCUUCAACUCCUUGAUGAUGGCCUUGAAGCAGAAGGUCUCGCUGUUGUUGAUGCAGUGGGAUAGAUUCCGAGAUCGCAAGAGAAGACAGGAGAAGAGGGCGCUGCUGGAAGGACAAUUCCGCCAGAGUGUGACCCCCUGCUGCAGUUGCGAGAUGCCAUGGGAAGCAGCCGCACGAGGCUCCACGGUGAUGUAUGUGGAUGGUUCCUGGUGCUUCCUGCACGAAGCACAGGCCCACAUUCUCAAAGAAGGCAACAGACUAGCUGAUCACCUGGUUGUUGGUGUGCAUAGCGAUGACGUUCACCAGGAGUCUGUUGGCACUUGGCCCGCAGAAUGCUACGCCGCACGGCUUGGGCGUUUGCGAAGAAAACCUUGGGCUGCGACAAUUCUGGAAAAUGCACCCUGGGAGGUUUCUGCAGAACUGCUGGACGAGCUGAAGAUUGAAAAGGUCUUGGGCGGAAGCGUCACGAAGACCGAGGACUGCACAGGUGGCUCACCCAAGUCUCCAAGCAAAAAUAGGUCGGAUGCGCAGGAGAUCGUGGAUCCAUAUGCUGAAUGUAAGAGGCUGGGUGUUUUUGAAGAAGUUCCCUCCUUGAAUGCCUCCACGGAGCAUGAUGAGUGGAUGCGCAAGGUGAUGAAGAUCGCCUUUUCAAAUGUCGAUGCUUCCAUUGACUGGCGGAUCCUUGUCUCCGAUGGACAAAGCCUGAUCCUUAGAUGCCAGCCACCAUGGCCUUGGGAGAUUGGAGCACAGUUUGGGCCCAAUCCUGGCUACCGGGAUGACGACCAAGCCGGCAUUCGCAAUGCUUUGCGCUGCGGGAAACGAGCAGCUGAAGGCCAUGAAAUGCAAAGACAGCCUGGAGAUGGACGGCUAAAAAUGCUUCAGAUGCGGAACUUCCCAAAGGCCUGGAUGGCCAACACUGGUGAAGACAUCGAGGCCAAACUGAGGAAGUUGCUAUCGACUUUUGGAGAUCUCACCGGACUUCAGGUCAAUGUAGAGCCCGGCGAGGUCACCACGGCGAAGGCCGCUUUCGCGGAACCAGCUAUGGCCGAGAAAGCUGUCAAGGCUUUGCAUGGUGUGGAUAUGCGCACUGCCAAGCAAAAGCGCGAAGCUGGCAAUCAGCCGCCCGCGGAGGACGAGAAGUUUUGGGCGCAGAUCGUGCCUCCGGCCUCCGCACAGCCGGCACCAGCCCCUUCUCAAGAGCCAGUAGCCUCGCAGGAGACUUACUUAUUGGUGGAGGGCUUCCCCACCAGCUGGAGUGAGGCCCAACUGCGUGCAACCUUCCUAGCCUUUGGGGGAGUGGAGCGGUUAACCUAUGUCCCAGAUUCCAGGUAUGGGCGAAUAGCAAAGAUUAUUCUCAAGGAUUCCGGUAAAAUGGAGCAAGUGGUCAAGGAACUACAUGGCAGCAAAGUUGGCGAUGGAGAUGUUGUAGAGGAAUGCGUCCUGAAUUGCAAGAUCACCAGUGCUGCUGUCCAGAAGAAGGAAGAGGAAGCUCGAAAGAAACGAGAAGAGAAAGAAGCUCGAAAACUGUAUCGCGCAGAUGUGCGCAAGAGGAGGGAAGAAGCUCGGAAAGAGAAGGAGCGAAUUGACAAAGAGUCCAAGGAACCGAACCACGAAGCCCAUGAAGCUCCAGAUGAGGAACCCGAGGAACCGGAGGAACCGAUGGAGCUGCCGGCGAAACGCAGAGGCGCUGCCAAGAAGGCCGCAGCACGCUUUGAGGAAGAAGAGCGUGAAGAGCUCCGGCGCCGCGAAGAGGAGGAAGCUGCCAGGGCCGCCGCUGCGGAAGCGGAAGCUGAGCAGAGGAGGAAGGAGGACGAAGCCAAAGCUGAGGCGAAGAAAGCAGCAACAGCUGCUGCAUAUCAAGAGGAGCUGCGGCGGAGAGCCAAAGAAGCGGCUGAAAAGAGGGAGAAGGAACAGCAAGAACGCGAAGCUGAACGGCAGCGAAGAGAAGAGAAGCGGAGGCUGUUUGAGCAAGAUCGCAUGAAAAGAGAGGAGGCCUAA